CAGCAGCGUAACGUUACAAUGGCCCACGAAGAAGGCGAGACGUAAACAAGGAACAUUUCACCCGAACAAUCUGCGCACUUUAUUUCACUAAAAGUCCCGUUUGGGACUCGACUCAAGUUAUUUUUCACAUCUUUGUGCGUCUUUGCUGAUCCAAGAUGGCGGCAUGCGGAGGACAGAUGAGCAACAUGGAGUUAUUCCAGCAGGUGGCGCUGCUCAGUUGGUUGAGCUCCCAGAGCGAGGAGGACCGCGGCCUGCUGGCGGCGCUAACGCGCGUCCGCGUCGCCAAGGACCUUCUGGGUCGCCUCACGGGCCAGGACCUAGUGGAUGCGUACAAGAGGACCCACUCUGCUGUGGAAACACACACACCUCUGUGGAGCGUCAUGACAUUGGAGAGGAAGGCACAUGUUCCCGCCUACGACGUGUUGGCGGUCAGAAGCCUGUGGGAAGUCCGUGUGAAGAAACACUGCCAGCGCCAAAAGAAGGAGCAGGAGCGGAAGGAGAGGAGCGCCCUCACCAAGAUCGAGCAACAGUGGCAGUAUCGUAUCUACUGCAAGACACAUGAACGCAACCUGCUGAACAUCUACCUCAACACAUCUACCCCACACACACACGCUGCAGAGCGUCCGUGUGGUGAGGAUCCAGAAGUAAGGCAAUCUGAGGGGUGUGGUCCAGAUGUGAAUGAUGAUGAUGAUGAUGAUGACAAGAAGUUGGUGUUCCAGCUGAACGGGGAUCAGUGGAAGGACUUCCCGAGGGAACUGCAGUGGAUGACAUAUUUACGUGAGUGGCACGUGACCGGCACCAAGAUCCAGAAGCUCCCAGACUACCUGUCUUCCUUCACACUCCUCGCCGUGUUGGACAUGCCCAAAAACGCCCUCAAGGAGCUUCCGCCCGACAUCGGAAAGCUGUCAGGCCUGAGGGAGCUGAACGUCAGCUACAACCGCCUGUGUGGCGUCCCCCCCCAGCUGGGAGACUGCCAGAACCUGGAACGGCUGGAACUUUCCGGGAACUCCAACCUGUGCCAGCUUCCUUUUGAGUUGAGCGCGUUGAAGAAGUUGCGUCAUUUAGACGUGGCCCAAAACAACUUUGCUUCCAUUCCCGUCUGCGCGCUGAGGAUGAGCAACCUGCAGCUGCUGGACCUCAGCCACAACAGACUAAGCGACCUGCCGCAGGACAUGGACAGGCUGCAGCGGUUGCAGACGUUGUUGGUGCACCAGAACAAGCUGACGUAUCUUCCUCACUGCCUCACCAACAUCCCCACCCUCAACAUGAUCGUUGUCAGCGGAGAGGAGCUGGUUUGCAUUCCCACCCUCCUGUGUAGCAACCCCUGCAUCAAGUUCAUCCGACUGUAUGACAGUCCCGCCAGCGACAAGAAGGAAGAUGAUGAGGAGGAGAAACACGUGAGGAGGUGGUGGCGAGGACAGCAGGAGGAAGAGGACCUGAUGAAGGACAGCAGCGAGAAGGAGUUCAUUGAGGUCUACGUGGACACGCUCAAGGACAGAGAGGACGUCCCCUACGCCACCACCAAGGUGUCCAUUUCCUGUCUGCUGUGACGUCACCACCACAGCCUGGGUGCUAACUGCUUUCCCCUCAAGCGUGAACAUUUCACAUUGCCAGCCCCUGAACACACCACAGCUGUGUGCUAUGAGAUGCAAAAGUGAAGCACUACACAGCAACCCCGUCCUUUAUGGACGUUCAUUGCUUCCACAGUUGCCACCAAGUAGGACUCCUUAUGUACAAGUGGAAUAUUUUGGUCAUUAGCGCAUUGAAAAGCUGUUAAACACUUUCUAAAUAGACUUAACAUCAUUAGAGCCCUCUAGACAUGAAAUAACACCCCUGUAGUCACCUUCACGCUCCUAUCACUCGACACCUAGUGGUCAGUGUAGACUACUACACAUGACAUGUCAUGUACACGUCUUUCAAUGCCUGAUACACUAAGUCCCCAACUAACGAACACAAUUGGUUCCAGACGACCGUUCUUAAGUGGAAUUGUUCUCAAGUAUGGGAAAAGGUAAUAUUAGCAAUGAUAUAGGUACUACAUGUACGUGUAUACAUACACAGUAUAUGUGUAUUUAUGUAAAUAUGAGUUUGGAUGCAGUAGUAAUAUUAAACCAGGAUAAUGAAUGAAAAAAACAAUAAUAAAAGUGAUAUAAUAAUACGUAAUGAUAAAUGUUAUUUACCUUUGAAGAGGAGUGGUCCAGCAUAAGUCGUUGUGGAGGAGGAGUUAUUGAAAAAAAGGACAAAUGGUGGUGGUGGUUAGACUCUUCUAAAAGAGGUAGUGUCCUGUGGGUGGUGUAGAAUUAAGCAGGCCUAUUAACUCUUCAUAAACUUUAAUCACACGCUCUGUCCGGGUUGUAUCAUUUAUCUUUCCAUUUAGCUUUACACUGUAUCUCCCCAGCGUCUAACUCUUCCUCAGUUGGUCUCAUUAGCUCUCAGGCUGCAUUAGUAGUGUCACAGUGCCCUCUACUGGUCAAGCAUGUACAGUAGCAGUAGAAAUACUGAUUGAGCGACUGACUACACACAAAAUAAAAUAAAAUAUAGACCAGUCGGCUUGUGUUCGUAUCCGCGGGUGUUCGCAAGUUGGGGACCUAGUGUAUUUGGAUUUGGCUUCAUGUAGCCAUUUUUAUACUUGAAAAUGCUUCAUUUAGACGACAUGUGUUGAAUUUGCAUAUGUGUGGACUACUAAUAGGUGGUAUUGCAUGUGUUCAUGGCCACACGCUGGAAAAAGAAAGAAGUGGACGGCUAAUAAAGGCUUGGAUAUUUUAUUGUCCAGUGAUGGAAGCAGGAGGCACAUGAAGAAAAUAAAGUGCAGAUGACGUGACUGCAGUCUAAAAACACCGUGGAACAGGAAGUCACAUGAAGGAACAGGAAGUUGGCAUUGCCACGGUAACAUAGGUGGACUCUUGGAAUGUCCUUUGAUGAAUAUGACAUUAUAUAUAUAUAUAUAUAUAUAUAUAUAUAUAUAUAUAUAUAUAUAUAUAUAUACACACAUAUAUAUAUAUAUAUACACACAUAUAUAUAUAUAUAUAUAUAUAUAUAUACACACACAUA